AUGCCUCCAUGGGCGGCCACCCCCAUGCUGCCGCUGCUGCUCGUGCAGGGGAGAGGAGGCCACGACGCCAUCACCAUCGCCACCCUGGACAUGGACGUAGAGAUGGGGGUGGAGGUGGCGCAGAUGGGCGCGGAACCGGCGGCGCACGGGCGGCUGCUAUGGGCGACCGACGGCGGGCGGAGGUACAUCAGCUACGACGCGCUGGGGGGGACGUCGUGCUGUGCUCCCGGCCAGGGGUACCCUACUACAACUGCCGCAUCAGCACCACCACCAACCCCUACACCCGCGGCUGCGAGUCCAUCACCCGCUGCCGCAACGACGACCCUUCCUAGGUGUAGAAGAUAG